AUGGCGGCGGAGGCAACAUCCGAACCGCUACUAGCUGCAUUGCAUCAGCAUUGCGAGGAUGUCAGUAACAGUGCCUCUGAAGAAUCGUCUGAAACAGAUUCUAGAAGGACCAUGAAAAUACUAUCACAAGAACAACAAACGCUACAAGAUAACACAAUACCAUAUAGAAUACCAAUGGAGGCUUCAGUCCCACAAAUGGCCAGAACGCAAUCACCAUCCUCCUUCUCCUAUUUCCCCGAACAUUUCUUUCCACACAACAAAACGACACAACCACAAAGAUCCUUCAAGGAUGCCGAUGAAGCUCAAAAGCAUGAUCGAGAAUUGAAACAAUUGAUAAGGGGAGGUGUUUUAGGUACCCUUGUAGCGGCCUUAUUGCUAUUGAUUUUGGCCCACUGGUAUCCCUCCCCAUUAUCCAAUUUCCACGCUAUAAUUUCCAAUGUCAAUACGCUAGAUGGGGAAAGAAAUCAGAAUAUUCGAGGGCAAUCACAAUUUCCUUCGGGAAUUUCUCAGUUUAUGAAUACUUUCCAUUCCAGGUCCGAAUCAUCAACGACUUUUACAUCAAAUGAUGACGAAGACAGUCUGCACGAAGAAGAAGAAUCCAGUGAAGAUAGCACACACCGAAGACACCGCAAACUUGGAUCGGAAGGUCAUAGAGGCCCACAGUUAGUGAUUGCUGGCAAAAUGUCAGUCGAAGACUCUGUAUGUAACAUUGCUCAGUACAAUCUGAAGGACAAGGAAUGGAGUCUACGAGAGAGGAUUCAACUGUCGCUUUACAAUAGCUACUCUGGAGGUGAAGUUUACUCUUUGCUGGCCAAUCAAACCCAAAAAAUCACUGUGGAUUCCUCCAAACCCACCAGCUAUAGACAGUCGUUUGAGGGAGGUGGCGAGCUCAUUGUAGUGGGCGCAUUUGAUACGACAUAUCGCAAUAGUCAAGUCACAUAUUGUUCGGUUGGCAGAUGGGACGGUCUCAUGUUGUCCAAAGUGGGGGAGGGCCUGUGCAAUUCGGCAUUGUCCAAGGGUAUGAAAAUCACCACUGCGGCAUUGGCUGGAGCACAGGAUGUCUAUGUUGCGGGCUCCUUUCAGACGCAGGUUUGGAAUGGAGAACGACAUGAAUUUGUCAAAAUUUAUAACAUUGCCCACUACAAUGCAGUGGAUCAGGUAUGGUUGCCUUUGAAUAUCGGACAGAUUACCUGUUCGUGGUGUACUGUCACUGUAUUGGCACUGGCAUGGGAUUCAAAACGACGACAGCUCCAUGUCACGGGAAAAUUCAAUGCGAUUGAUGGGCAAAACAUUCCGGCAGGUUUGGCUAUUUAUGAUUUGGAUUCGGGACAUUUGGUAGCACAUCCGGGUGGUGGUUUGUCGAUGCAGAAUAAGACACAGGAUGGCGUGGGAACCGCCUUGCAGCUUGAUGAACAAAGUGGCGUCUUGUAUGUCAUGGGCUCGUUUGAAAGGCUAACAGCCACAGAUACCUUAUGCUCUGGUUUGGCUGCGUACGAAAUCCAUACCAACCGAUGGACUUGUUUGGCCGAUCCGGCGCACACUGUCUUGCCUACAGGAGGUGGGAAUAUGCUGUUGACGCCUUACGGUCUCAUGGUUGCGGGAAAGACUGCUAGCAAUACAACUUGGCCAGAUAGUGACCGACCUUACACCAUCGCCUUACUAAAGGCAACGUUGCGAACGCAAAAAGUGAAAGAUCUUGACGACGAUUACUAUGACGACGACAAAAGAAAUGAAGAACAACAGUAUCAUGAAUUCGACUGGUCUUGGUUGCCUGGAUUCAAGGGGCACGAUGAACCACUUCAUGCGUUGUCCAAUGGGUUUGGUUCCUACGCAGGAACGGUCUUUAUUGCCGGGGACAAUCUUGUUGCCAAAUGGUCCUACGAACUUGGGGGUGACGAUGAUAGCAAAUACCGACGACUAUCAUCAUCUUCAACUUCAUCUAGCUACGAGCCCCAGUUGCGAGCGGUUUCCGAGCUUCUCGGUGAAGGCCAUGUUCGAGGGUCGAUCAUGGCUAUUUCUCAAAUGAUUCCAGAGUCAGGCGAUGACGGCGAUUCUUCCCUCCCUGAUGACUUUAAUAUUACUAUCAUCAUCUACGGGGUUAUCGCUGGAUGCAUGCUAGGUAUGUUUGGGGCCUACAUGUGCAACAGAAAUCGGGUCUUCCCGAUGCUCGGAAGCAAUUCUCAGCUGAAGGGAAUCUCACUGGACACCUUGACCUACGGUGCUGUCAACGCAGAUAUGGCAGAAUCGUACAAGCGUGCUAUGCAGACAAGAUAUGUGCAACAGCCCCAUCUCUUGACGAUCAUUGAUCCGCAGCAAAUAUUUCUUCAAAAGAUUAUCGGAGAAGGUACCUUUGGCCGCGUAUGGAGUGCCCGAUGGCGAAGUGCCAGUGUUGCAGUCAAGGAGUUUGUCUUUGCACAAGCUGCUGUAGCGGGAAAGUCAGCCAUGCAACAAGAAAUUGUCGAAGAAAUCAUUGGAGAGGCGGGAAUGAUGGCAAUUUUACGUCACCCGAAUGUAUUGCAACUAUUUGGAUGCUCACUCACGGCGCAAGCCAUUUGGAUCGUUAGCGAGCUCUGCUCUUUGGGUAGUCUACGACAGGUCCUUGACGAUAGUGAAAAGCCUUUGCCUUCGGAGCUUCGCGUGUCUUUGGCAUUGCAAGUCGCCGAAGGCAUGACCUAUCUCCACAACCAGGAAUCCCCCAUCAUUCACAGAGAUUUGAAGAGCCACAAUAUUUUUGUUCACGAAACAUACACAGAUACCGAAGAUGCCGGCUCUUCUGUUGGCGAUAAGGAUUUAAAUGGUCCCUACAGAAAGGCGUUCCAGCCAGAAAAGAUGAACACCCAUUCCACUUUGAUUGCCAAGAUUGGAGAUUGGGGCUCGGCAAGAGCAACACUAUCUGGUUCACGCACAAUGACUCACGGAGUUGGAACGGCCUGCUGGUUGGCACCAGAAGUUAUCAAGCAUGCUCGUUCAUCGAAGUACAGUGAUGUCUACGGCUAUGGAAUUGUGUUGUGGGAAUUGGCAACCAGAGAAGAAGUCUACCAGGGGCUUGAAACCACGCAGAUCAUUGCGAAAGUCGCAAACGAAAGUCUCCGGCCCCCUGUUCCGCAAAAUUGCCCCUGGAAAGACGUCAUGGUACAAUGUUGGGAAGAAAAGCCACAGGAUAGACCUGAAUUCAUCGAAAUUGUCGGCAAUCUUGGCGCCCUCUCAAAGCAAAUGGAGGAAGAAGAGAGAUUCAAAGUUGUAAUGCAAGGGAGUUCAGGGACGCUUGACCACAGUGAACUCUCCGGAUUCUCAGAUCUCACCAAGACUGAUAGCGAUCCGAAAGAGUCUAGACCAACUUAA